AUGCAAAUAUAUUUCCCUAUUCUUCGAUUCACACAUCUGGAUGAAAAUGUUUUCUUAGCUUCAGUAUCAACAACAACCUUAGUCACUGGUAUUAGUAUAGGAAAUCAAAGCGGAUCACCUUGUUCAUCGUAUACAACCAUCGAUGAUCCGUCACGAAAUAUUGCUCAAUCGACAUUAUACGCUUUGUGUGAUAAAGGAUCACCAUUCAAUACGAGUAAUGGUGGCUCUUGGAUACGAUUUAUUGGUACUGGUGGUACUAUUAUUCCAUUAAUAUCGCUUGGUAUGGGUCACUGUAGUGCUUAUACAGGAGGUUGGUUCAAUGGAACGCUACCAACAACAGUGAGUGCUGUAGUUAAUAGAACUUUUCGUACACCCAUUCCUAAAGCACGAGCAUUUGAAAAUACAGAACUUACUCAAAAACCAAUCGAUCACAAAGAUCGAUUUGUCGAAGAUCAUGAUUAUACUUCACAAUCAACAAGUAUCCUUACUACUGAAUUGCUAGAAACCAAUCGUAAACAAACUGGCAGUACCCGAUCAAAGAUUAUUACAGUUAUUAUUGUAAUAACUGUAAUUAUUUUAAUUGUGGGUAUUGUUGUCGGUGUGGUAGCUGGUGUUUCUAAGUCUGAACAAAGUACAUCGGAAACAACGACAAUAAAUAAUCAAACUUCAUUUUCAGUAUCAACAACAACCUUAGUGAGUAGUAUUAGUAUAGGAAAUCAAAGUGGACUACCCUGUUCAUCAUAUACAACUAUUGAUGAUCCAUCACGCAAUGUUGCUCAAUCAUCAUUAUUCGGAUCAUGCGAUAAUGGAUCACCAUUCAAUGCGAGUAAUGGUGGUUCUUGGAUACGAUUUAUCGGUACUGGUGGUACUAUAAUUCCAUUAGCAGCACCUGCUCAAGGUCAUUGUGGUGCUUACGUAGGAGGCUGGUUCAAUGGUAUAUUACCGACAACAGUGAGUUCUGUAGGUAACGGAACGGCAUGCUUCUCAAUGAAUACAGUUCCUUGUUUUCUCGCCUCCUCUGUAUCGAUAAUUAAUUGUGGUGGUUUCUAUGUUUACUUUCUACCACCUGUCUCUGUUUGUAAUACACGCUAUUGUACAACAUGA